AUGUCCUUCAACAAAGUCGAACUUUACGGCGGUGCCAUGACCGUCGACCUNCCCUCCAAUUUCGCAGACGUCAGCCAGAUCAGACAAGUACCCGACAACCAAGAAGUUUACCUGGACAAAGAUGGUCUUUCAAGUAUCGUGUUUGAUAUCUUGGAGCGUGUGGACAAACCGGAUCUGGAUGCUCUAAAGUACCAUCUUGAAGAUGUCGUCGAGGAUGAUGUGAAUGCUACAAAACUCUGUACGUCAAACUCUGCCGUGUUUACCAAAUUACCAUCACAAACACCCGCCUACACUCUCUUCGCUACCCACACAGCAUCAGCAGACGCCGUGUCUCGCGGCAAAGCCCCCGACUUCACAGGCAUCCUACUCACACUCAUCCGCCUGGAGCGCCAACAAACCGACCUUGUCAUCUCUGUCAAUGUCCCCCACGUAGACGGCGAAUACAACAAAGACGAUGUUGACCCUUCAGCCGGAAAGCAAGGACCCAUGCUGGAUGCCGCAACAUCAUUCCGUGACCGCAUCUUGCAGACUUUUGAAAUCAAAGACUGGGAUUUGUUUGUGCAGGAAUGA